CUUUUUGAUGUUGCAGCCUUUGAUGAACUUGUCCUUAUGCAUUGUUUUGAUUUCUAUUUUUAUCUUAUUAGCACAAAUUUUCAUUAGAUAUAUCUUCGAGAAAGGUCACCAAUCUUUUUCAAUCUUUUCGCUACCAGAUAAUUCUUCAUCUUCCUGAAACAUCAUGAACUGACUCAAAUAUUCUCUCACAGUACCAUUUUCCUUCUCUAUAAAUGUACUUCAGCUUCCUCGACCCCACCAGACCAAAUAACUAAGGAAUUCAUUUUCCCAGCAUCCAAACAACUCUACAAACUAUCUCAUUUGCAGACUUUCUUUAAGAAAAACACAACAAUGUCUCUGAUUCCAAGCAACUUCUUUGGCCGAAGAACCAACAUCUUCGACCCACUCUCUCUUGAUAUAUGGGAUCCAUUUCAAGACCUUCCCUUCUCAAACCUCUCAAUCUCUUCAGUUCCUCGCUCCGAACUCUCCAACGAGACCGCUGCGUUUGCCAACACUCGCAUAGACUGGAAAGAGACCCCGGAAGCCCACGUCUUCAAGGCUGAUCUGCCAGGCCUCAAGAAAGAAGAAGUGAAGGUCGAGAUUGAAGACGGCAAUGUCUUGCAAAUAAGCGGGGAGAGAAAGAAGGAACUGGAAGAGAAGAAUGACACUUGGCAUCGUGUUGAGAGGAGCAGUGGUCAGUUCUUAAGAAGGUUCAGGUUACCAGAAAAUGCCAAGACCGAUCAAGUUAAGGCUUCCAUGGAAAAUGGAGUCUUGACUGUGACUGUGCCUAAACAAGAAGUGAAGAAACCUGACGUCAAGGCCAUUGAAAUCUCAUCUACUUAAUCAGUUUCUUCAGUAAUUUUAUGUGUGCCUUUCUCUGUAAAAUAUAAUUAAUAAGAGAAUAAUAUAUUAUGGGUGUGUGAGUGUGUUUGUAAUAAACGAGUUUUUCAUCAAUAAAAGUU